GAGGAGACUCUCUUGUUGUCUUAUUAAGAAAAUAUACGAGUCACGUUGUUAAAUAUAUAAUCUUGUCAAAUAAAAUAUCAGAAUUGACAUUCGCGAUUAUAAAGUUAAUCGUAAACAAGCUUUUCGUAAACUGGUGCAUCGUGCAUGUAUAUUUAUAAUGUGUUCAGAAGGCAUUAACAACACAAUGAUGCACCUAAUAUAAUGUGAUAUUGAAGAUUUUAAUAUAUCGAAUAUUAUUUAACAGUGUGUUUCUGCGUGUAAGAAAAGUUAUCAAACUCUGUCAGAUCAAUUAGAGGAUUCUAAAAAAUAAAAAAACUCGUAGUUUUUUAUUUCACAAAAUGAUAAGUAAAUUUAUCGUCGUUUGGUGCCUUUUACUCCAAGCUCACUUUGGAUACUCAUCACAAUAUUCGCAAAGAUCAUCCGAUAAUACUCAAUGCAUUCUCGAUGUCCCUCAGAAGAUUUAUAAUGUAACAGAUUUAUUACGAUGCAUGAAUGAAUUUGCAAUGAAUCUUUCGGUUCAAAAUAAUGAUCGGUCAUUUAAACAAACGAGUCGAGAAGCUCCAUAUGAAUUUCCUUAUGGAAACAUCAUUUUAAGUCUAUUUAAUAAUGAAGUGCCAUCGAUACAAGAUUUUCUGUCAAAUCCUACUACCACCAGUAAUUCAUUAAACUAUCCAAGUGUACCAAAUGAAUCUUUUAAUCAGUUUGGCGGACUUGGAAUAAAUCUUUUUAAUGCUCUGUCAUCAAUCUCCCGCUACGACGAUUUAAAGUGUGUACCUAGAAUACUCUGCGAAGUAGCGAGUGGAAAGCCACCGGGAAGAUAUAAACAAGCAUCGACGGGAAAUGAUGAACAACAAAAUAAUUGGGCGGAAUUCGGAAGAAACGUUUUCGCUCAAUGGCUCGCUGGAUCGGCAGAGGCAUCUCCCUUAUUGAGUUUUGCUCGAGCUGCUAUGUUGGGCUACAAUGGAAAUCCGGCUAUGUGUUACCGUGCGUAUCCUAGGUGUCCGAGUAAUCCCGAUAAACUGGUGCAUUAUCUGAACAAUCAUAAUGGCGGAUUUUUUCGCUUUUUCAACAGAGAAAAACAGAAUUUUCCUCAAUCGUCUUAUGGUUCACGAGGUGAACUGAAAUCCUUUGAAGAAAAAGACAAAAAGUCUUGCCCUCGGGCACCGCAGAAGCGUCAAAGACUGAUCGAACUGGAACAGAUAAUACGUUCGAGAGCUCAAGUCGCGUAGUGUUUUCGGAUUACAAAAAGUCUUUAGAGGAUGAAAACGAUCGUUUAUCGGAAA